GGAAUGCCCCUAACAUGUCCGUGGUAUUAUUAUUUAGUUACGGUAGGGUCACACUUUUGUUUUGUUUUGCUUUGCAACUCGACUUUUAAAAUUGCAAUUGCAGCAUGGCCGAAGAACCCGAGGAACCCGCCAAGAGCUUCGUUAUCUUCGGACGCGAUGUGGCGCAGAUCCCGUGCUUUCGUAACAGUUUUCUCUACGGAAUCAGCGGAGGAAUCGGCAUCGGCCUGCUGACUUUUCUGGGCACCUCGCGAACCCACCUGUCCACCCACGUGGGCUUCGGCUCCUUCUUCUGCGGCACCAUCGCCUACUGGAUGACCUGCAGGUAUCAGUGGUCCGUCAGGAGAUUCGAGCAGCAGCAACUUCGUGAGGCGAUGAGACGACAAGCCAUUUAUGAGGGCACCCAAAGGGAGAGGGACUUAGACUUAAAGUCAGCGUAGCAUAAGUCAGAUCCUUCAUUACCACUUCGAUGUUUGUUUUCACUCUAGGAUACCAAGUAAUCCUGGUAUUGUUAAAUCCCUUGUGUUGUAAACAACCUUUUGUUACCAAACUUUAUAGUAGCCAAUAUAUUAUAUAUAUGUUGUAAGUGAAAUCUUACCUUCGAGUAGUUUAUGACCCAACUUAAUGGACAAACAUGUUUGCUUGCCACUCGCAGGGAUUUAAUUAUGCCAGCAUCUUUGAUUUGGAAUGGACAGAAAUCAAUCCAUCAAUUUAAUGAUUGUG